CCACCACAAGUACACACACACACACACACACAGGAUGAACGCUCGCGUGUUUGUUGCGGUGCUGACCGUGCUGCUGAGCUGCUCCACAGCUGGCGUGCUUGCUGAAAUCUGCAACCUCAACCGGCCGGUCGAAUGUGCUUCCUUUCAAUUCUCAUGCCCGACAAGCUCGCAUCACCAUCAUGAGGACUACUGCUGUCGCACUGGAAGCUUCAGUAGCAACCCAAAUGGCUGUGAUAACGAUUGCUGUGACUACUUCCUCUCCGGCCACAUCAUUGGCGCCAUUGUGGGGACCAUUUUCUUCGUUCUGAUCGUCUCUGCCAUCAUGUACUGCUGCUAUGCUGGGGUCUUGUGCUUUGCCGGGCGCGAUGCACGCGACGGCAACGCAACCGUCAUCACCACCACCACGACCAGCCCGCCCGUGGCUUCCAGCUCACAGCCGCCGCCGUACUCCCAGUACCCGCAGGCGUCCCCUCCUCAAGGCUACCCUCCACAGGGCUACCCAGCGCAGGGCUAUCCACAGCAACAACAACAACAAGGCUACUACCCUCAACAGCAACAAAGCUACCCACCACAGCAACAACAACAAGAACAGAACCUUGCAUACCCACCACAGCAACAGCAGCCGUAUGACAAACCCUACUGAGAAGCCAUGGAACUUGCGCGCGAUUGGAAGCUGCACGUAUGCCUUGAUGUGAUGCUUUUGUUGGACUCGGGCUGACAGGCGUUCGAGGACGCCAUCAACUGCCCACUCCUCAACUCCCGUGAACCCCCCCCCCCCUUUU